AUCUACGUCUAACCUAUAAAAAAAAAAUUCCAAUUUUACUGCUACUUUAACUUUAGGCCCAUUUAAUUUUAUUUGUCUUAUUUAUACCAUUUAAAAUGCAAAGUAUUACCGAACAGCAAAUAAACGACAUCGGAAACGUGUUGAAUAACACCGCGAGACCGUUAAAAGAGCGUUUUCGUGCGUUAUUUACCCUCAGAAACAUCGGGGGUCCAGUGGCAAUCCGGUGCAUCGAAAAGUGCUUUGGGGACGAGUCAGCCCUAUUAAAGCACGAAUUGGCUUAUUGCUUAGGCCAAAUGCAAGACUCCGAGGCAAAUCCUAUAUUGGUAAAAGUUCUGGAAGAUGAACGGGAACAUCCUAUGGUGAGACAUGAAGCAGCUGAGGCCUUGGGAGCAAUCGGCAGUCCAGAAAGCAUAAAAAUCCUGGAAUCAUAUAAAGAUGAUCAGUGCCGAGAAGUGGCUGAAACCUGUCAAUUAGCCCUUGAUCGGAUCAAGUGGCUACAAAACCCUGACACCAUAAACUUAUCGAAAAAUCCUUAUCAUUCUGUUGAUCCGGCUCCACCUAAUACCCUAGAAAACGUUGAGCAGCUCAAGAAUAUGCUCAUAAAUGAACAGGAAUCACUAUUUAAUAGAUACAGAGCGAUGUUUUCUUUACGCAAUCUGGGUAGUACACGGGCGAUAGAAGCUUUGGGGGAAGCUCUAAAUUAUGGUAGUGCUUUGUUUAAGCAUGAAGUGGCCUUUGUUUUGGGGCAACUACAAAAUGCUCACAGCAUAAAAUACUUACAAAAGUCAUUGGAGGAUUGUGAGGAGAAUGAAAUGGUGAGGCACGAAUGUGCUGAGGCCCUCGGAGCCAUUGCUACCAAGGAAUGCAUGGACAUUUUAAACAAAUACUUGGGGGAUGGUAAGAGGGUGGUGAAGGAAAGUUGUGAAAUUGCUUUGGACAUGUGCGAAUAUGAAAAUAGUCCUGAGUUUCAGUAUGCUAACGCAUUGGUUAGUGCUUGAGAGUGUUGUUAAUAUAAUUAUAUUUUUAUUAUAA